AUGGCUUCAAACACCUCCAACACUCUUGAGUUCACGGCACCAGAAAUAGCACUAGCAUCUCACCAUCCAAUCACCAUCUUGGAUUAUCACCCCCCCUCCAGAAGCUCUCAUCUCCCAGACGAGAUUCUCCUUCGCAUAGCAUCAGGUCUCAACAAGCAAUACGAAUCUUCCGAGAUCACAGAAUGGCAGUCGUGGGUUGCGUCAAUGGCCCGACGAAAUCUGUCCAAGGUCUGUCUCGUCGGUCCAGCCUGGCGUAGGGUUGGCCAGCAGCUUCUCUACCGAAAUUACAGAUCAUCAAAGACUCUUCCGCUUUUCCUCAGGACUCUGAUUGAAUGCCCUGGUCUUGGCAAACAUGUUGAGUCUGUAUCUCUGAAUAAUCUUCCCAGCUCACGUGGAUAUCGAAAAGAAGAAGCAACGCUAUUCGAGACAAGAAGCAAAGAGUUGGGAAUGUACUUCCCCCGCCGUGAUGCAUACCGAAUGGAUCCGCAGAUGCCACCUGACCAGGAACUCCAGUCGUUCUUGGCGGCCAUGUUACUGUCACAUACGCCUCGGGUAAAGCACGUAAAGCUACAAGUCCACUGGCCGCACAGCAUUCUAACGAGCCUGGUGGCUUCUGCCAAAAGUUUGGCAUUGACACCGCCUCGAAGAUCAUGGACAGGACUUGACAAUCUGGCUCACAUUGCACUUGGUGUGAUGAAGACGAAAGCGAAAAGUCAUCUCCUCAUCUACGAUGCCAAUGAUAUCUUUCGCACACUUCAAGUCGCGCCGAACAUGACGUCCAUCGCCCUAUUCAACUAUGCGCCAAUCAAGUCUUCUACAAAGCCUUGUCUUGAAAAAUUGUUCCGAAACCUCACGACUUUGAAAAUUGGUGGAAAGGUAGAAGGCAUGCUCCUGAAGAACUUGGAGACGUUUUGCAAAUACGGCAAAGCCAUCGAAGAGAUUCAUAUUCUCGCUCCGGAGAGCACGAGAGUAGGCCAUGUACUAGUCGCAUUGGAGCCUCUAGCAGCUACUCUCAAACGGCUGCGACUGAGCCUCGGCUGUGACUAUAACUGUCCAACGUGGGGCCGUAAUGGCCCGGACUUGUUGCAACGCUUCACCUCCCUGGAAACUCUUCGUUUGGAACUCGCCCGCUCCAGGAAUGACAACAGGUGCUGGUACGAAGAGCUCCGAACACGGGACUUUUUCGAAUCAUUGCCGACUUCACUGCGCACGCUGUUCUUGUCGGGCUGCAAUUGGGAGCAUGAAAUAGAUUAUAGGGGCCGACGCCAGUAUGACGGAAUCUCCACGUUGGCAUCCCAGGUAUUCCGUGGUGCUCUUCCGGAAUUUCAGACAUUGCACUUUGCUUGUGACUGCGUCAAAGGUCCACAGUCUGAAUUUACAGAGAUCGAGAAGCUGGGAGUCAAAGUAGUCGAGUUCAGGCAUCAGUUUCAAGAGCAAGGAAGCGAUCUUGCGGGUCUUGAUGUUGAGAAUUGGAAAUUGCAUUAG